AUGUUCACUAACAAGAAGCACUUCACCAUUGCUAUCAUCGGGGCACUGGUCGCACUCGCCAUCAUUGCCCUUGUUCUCAGCCUGGUGAAGACAGAAGAUGUCAAUCUGCCACCCACAGUCAAGUAUGGGAUGGUGUUUGAUGCAGGCUCGUCCCACACCUCUCUGUUUGUCUACAAGUGGGAUUCGGACAAGGAGAACGACACCGGUGUGGUCAGCCAGACCUUGUCCUGUGAUGUCCAGGGGCAAGGCAUAUCAAGCUAUGCCAACGAUCCCCCGAAAGCUGGUGAUUCCCUAAGGGAAUGCCUGGAUAAAGCCCUGAAGGUUGUUCCUGCUGCAAAACAGAGAGAUGUCCCAACUUAUCUCGGAGCAACGGCAGGCAUGAGGCUACUGAGGGAACAGAACAGCUCAGCGGCAGAUCAAGUCCUGGCCGAAGUUGCUAAAACCAUGCGAGAGUACCCCAUGGCUUUCAAAGGGGCUCAUAUCCUUACAGGGGAGGAGGAGGGGGCUUAUGGCUGGAUCACCAUCAACUACCUGCUGGACUCUUUCACUAAGUACUCCCCCAAAGCACACACGUGGGUUCGUCCAGAAGCAGCCAACAUUUUUGGGGCACUGGAUCUUGGAGGAGCAUCCACUCAAAUCAGCUUUGUGCCCGAAGGUUCAAUGAUCAACUGGAAUGAAGCCUCCAAGUUCACACUGUAUGGGUACAACUACAGCAUCUACACGCACAGCUACCUCUGCUAUGGGCAGAACGAGAUGGUGAAGCGACUGGCAAAGGAAUUAAUUGUGGAGUCAUCCUCCAGCACGCGAGUCGAUCACCCUUGCUACCCAAAAGACUACAAUGAAACCGUCUCGCUGUCUUCCUUCCGCACCAGCCCCUGCACGAACCAGAGCGACCCACGCCUGACCCUCGGUGACAGGAACGUGACCCUGGAGGGCAGGGGCAAUGCCAGCGGGUGCCUGGCUGCCAUCAAGAAGCUGUUCAACUUCUCGGCAUGCGGCCAGAGCCAGGACUGCACCUUCGACGGAGUCUACCAGCCCCCAGUCAGAGGGCAGUUCAUU